ACUACAUUUCCCACUAGCAACAUCUCUCUGAAACUACAUUCGACAACAUGGCGGGUGUCGUGGGGUUCCUGAAAAAUGCGUGGAAUAAGGAGCCUGUUAUCCUGGCAUCCUGUACCAUAGGGCUGCUAGGUACUGUUCUUCUUAUCAGCCCCUGGUCAAAGUAUUCAGCAAAGAUUAACGCAGCGGUUCCAGCAAACUACCCAGUUCCUGUACGAGAUGAUGGAAAUAUGCCUGACAUCCCGUCCCAUCCAUGUGAGCCAAAAGGAAACAACCUGGAAUGGCUGAAAAAACUAUAAUCCUCCAUACAACACCAGUGCUGACUCCUCUGUUUAUACCUGUUUGAUCCACCUCUCAAUGUCCCAAAAUAAAAUAAUCUAUUUAAUUCUA